AUGGCGGACAGCUUCAACGAAGAGAUGGUCGACGACGCACCGGCGACCGGCACCACCGCCACCGCCGGCGUCGCCGACGACGUCGGCAUGACCGAGACCGCUGCUGGGGCCGCUAAUGACGGCUCGGAGCUGCCGUUCGCCGAGGGCGUCCCGGUGGAGGAGGCGGCGGCCGUCCCCGCGCGCACCACCUUCCUGCAGUACCUGGCCAGCCCGCCCGUCACGCUGCUGAUUGGGUCGGGCGAGAGCGAGACGACCCUGACGGCGCAUCAGGGGUUGCUGCCCCGCCAGAUCGAGCUGCCCGGCGAAGACCUCGAAGCGAUGGGGUGCUUUCGAGAGUUCCUCUACACAUCCGACUACUUCCCGAAGAAGGUGCCCGGCCAGCGCACGCUCGAGAAGGACCCCUCGAUUCCCGACGUGGACAUGACGGGCGAGCAGCUGCUCAAGCACGCCAAGGUGUACACGCUGGCCGAAAAGUUCGGCCUCACCGACCUUAAGAACCUCGCGUCCAGCAAGAUUCACUGCGUCAACUCGACCGCCAAGGGCGAGAUCGCCUACGCCCGCUACGUCUACGAGUACACCUCGCGCGAGGACACGGCCAUCCGCGUGCCCGUCGCCAACUUCUGGGCCACCCGCUCCCACACCCUGCGCGCCGAGGCCGAGGAGGAGUUCCGCACCCUCUGCUUGGAGUUCCCCCAGUUCGGUUACGACGUGCUCAGUAUGUUUCCCGGAGAACCCUUGUUGGACGUGUGUUUGUUGCGCAGUGCUAACCUUUGGCCCCCCCUCCCCCUCACAGCCCGCGUGCUCGACGAAAAGCUCAAGCGCGAACGCAACGAGAAGAUGCAUCCCGGCGCUCCCGGCAGCGCCCGCAAGCGGUCCAGGCACAGCAGCACGGCCGCUUGA